CAAAAGAUGUCUUUGAUUGCAAGCUAUCAGAAGGAGCGACUGGAAUGAGCAGAUACUUAAAAAUGCUCGAAUUUGCAUCGAUCACUUCAGUUCAGGUAGGAUAAAAACAACGACAACAAUAAGCUAAUCAGCACCAUAGGUUACGUAAACUCAAUAACUGAAUCCUAUAUAUUUUAUUUUGAAUUAUUAAUCUCUCAAGCUUGUAAGUUAAAGUGCCUUGGUAAACUUUAGCUCAUUUGUGUUGCUAAACCUGUAGAAACAAAUGCUAUAAGGUAGGCCCACUAGCCGGCCUGUGGCUACCAUGAACGUAAAUUACUAGAAUGCUCUUUAUUUGUACAGGAGAGGUAUCUGACGACUUUGAGAAUCCCAACUUUGUCCUGCCUAUCCUCCCCUAUUCAAACCAGACUGGAAAAGACAAGGAGGCAAAAUUAGAUUGAUAUAAAAGAAAAAGUUGAAGGAAUGAAACCCCCAGCAGAUGUACAGAACAUCGAUCUACACCCACUUACCUCUUUUCAAACAAUGAUGGAAUGGAGCCUGGUAUUGAACUUUGUCCUAGUCAGAACCUUUAACUAACCAUGAUCAACACGCUCUGCAAAGCUAAUUUUUAUUAUGGAAAAACAGCCAAUGGCAUUAACAUGUUAGUAAUUUAUGAUGACGAAGUCAGUCACUGCAUGGUUUAGCCUUGUUGUAAUCAUGUUGAUAUAUUUGUUGUGAAUCUCACUAAGUUACUUAGCUGUUAUUUGUUUGUUAAAUUCUUACUGAUCACCCAGAGAAUGUAACUGUUGACUUUGUCUAAUUUAUGCUUCAGAAGCUAAGGUGCCAAAGGCUGACCAGGAUGACCUCAAAUAGAGGUACAGCCUGUGUGACGACCUGCGCGUGGACUUCAACAAACUGAAAGCUGAGAAUGAAGAAUUAAAAACGCUGGUCAGGGCUACACAGUUCUCAUUUGCAUCCCUCCAGUUUAAAGCUGCCCAGGUGCUGUUUUUCACUGGUCUGACCAGUGCUCUUUUUAAUUGGGUCCUUCAGAUGGUUAAAGACAGCGUGGAGGUUGUGCGUAGAUCUCUGACCCUAGAGGGCAAUCUGUUGGUCAUCCUCAUGAAACUUCGGUUGGGGUUCACCAAUAAGGAUAUUGCGUUCAGAUUCCAUGUCACUGAAUGUGACAUCUCUAAAAUUAAGAGAAGUUGGCUCCCCGUUACGUCUCUGACUUUGAAACCUCUAAUCAAGUGACCAAGUAAGCAAGCUGUAUUAAAGAAUAUGCCAAAAUGUUUCAAACCAAAAUACCAGCUUUGCAGGUGCAUUAUUGACUGCACAGAAAUCUUUAUUAACAGACCCACAAAUCUAACAGCCAGGGCACAAACUUAUUCAAAUUACAAGAGCCAUAACACAGUUAAGUACUUGGUCGCCAUGUCACCUGCAGGAGCAAUUGUAUUCCUGUCUGCAGGCUGGGGUAGACAUGUCUCAGACAAACAACUCACAGCUGAGUCUGGAUUUUAUGACCUUCUACAGGUUAAUGGUGAGAUACUAGCAGAUCGUGGUUUCACCAUCAGAGAUGAGCUUGCCCUGCGUGGUGCUACUCUGAGGAUCCCUCACUUUACCAAAGGUAAAAAGCAGCUGCCUGCACAGGAAGUAGAAACAUCACGGCGCUCGUCCAACGUUAGAAUACAUACUGACAGAGUAAUGGGUAGAUGGAAAACUUUCAAGAUUUUGUCUACUGUGAUUACACUUUCACAGGUAGAUCUGUUAGCUGACAUUGUUAUUGUGUGUGCUGCAUUAACUAACAUUUGUAAAUGUAGAGUUCCAAAAACAUAAACCAAAAACUUUGAUAAAAUUUUAAACAGCCAAUGAUACAAUAAAAGCUUUUAUUUUGUGUAUGUAAACUGUAGCAGUUAUCAAUAACACACAUGUAUUUUUUACGGUGCACACUUUAAUUUGAACAAGCUAUGUUACAAUAAAUGCUUCACAUUGCUUUCUAUUUGGCUUCUCUCGCUCUCUUUUUGCCUUUUACAAUCAUCGCGAUACCAUUCUUUAACCUUUCUUUUAACUUUGGCACAUUUGUAGCAUAAAUGCCUACUGCAAUUUUCGCAGGUGGUGAUCUUCCCAAACUCUCUGACAAUGUGAGCUAGUUCUAAUCUAGGUGCAUAUCGUUUGGGGUCCAUGCUGCAUGUUAGAAGCUCAGGCAGAAUGCUUUGUGUGAAUACCUGUUCAGCAAGAGGGAGAGCUGUGUGAAGCAUUUCUUACAGUAGCCCUAAAGUGCAAACCACACCAACAAAUCACUAAACACAACAACAAAUGGAGUGACACAAAAACAAAAGAAAAAUCACAGAAAAAUAUCUGAUUGACAAAAACAGGAGGAAUCAUAAAAACAAAUUAAGAAUCACUAAAAGAAAAGAGGAAUCACUAAAACAAAAGAAGAAUGUUGCAAAUCAGCUCGAUUGUGUGUGCUCUUACACCUGUGUGUAUGUGGAGAUGUUCAAUCAGGUGUUAAUAAAAUGAGACAGCAGCAGCUCAGGAGGUAGAGCAGGUUGUCCAGUAAUCGGAAGGUUGCAGGUUCGAUCCCGGCUCCUACCAGAGAAUGCUGCUGUUGUGUCCAUGGGAAAGACACCUAACCCACCUUGCCUACUGGUGGUGUCACGUCGUGCGCGGAGUGAAGCGGAGCAAAGGCGAGGAUCCAGAUCGGGGAGGAAGCAGGCAGACAGGUAGGAUGAAUUCCACAGGUUUAUUAAGUAAAGACGCACGCUGACACUGGAACAAUGACACCACAAGGAACACAGAACAGCAGGGGUUUAAAUACAUGAGGAACAGGAGCUAUGGUGAUUGGGAAACAAGAGGCAGGUGGGAGCAAUUAACGGAGACACAGACUACAACCUAGGAGAAGACAGGACAGGGUGUGACAGUACCCCCCCUCAAAGGGCGGAUCCCAGACGCCCACAGGAACCAGGAGCAGGGCGGGGGGAGGGGGACCCGGAGGGAGGGCCCAGAGGACGAUGGAGAGGCGGCAGGGAACGGCAGAGUCCGGGGGCCGGCGCCUGAGGCAGAUGAGGCGACGGGCCCUUGGAGGCCGGCGCCUGCGGCAGAAGAGGAGGCGACGGGCCCUUGGAGACCGCCGCCUGCGGCAGAAGAGGAGGCGACGGGCCCUUGGAGGCCGGCGCCUGCGGCAGAAGAGGAGGCGAUGGGCCCUUGGAGGCCGGCGCCUGCGGCAGAAGAGGAGGCGACGGGCCCUUGGAGGCCGGCGCCUGCGGCAGAUGAGGAGGCGACGGGCCCUUGGAGGCCGGCGCCUGCGGCAGAAGAGGAGGCGACGGGCCCUUGGAGACCGGCGCCUGCGGCAGAAGAGGAGGCGACGGGCCCUUGGAGGCCGGCGCCUGCGGCAGAAGAGGAGGCGACGGGCCCUUGGAGGCCGGCGCCUGCGGCAGAAGAGGAGGCGACGGGCCCUUGGAGGCCGGCGCCUGCGGCAGAUGAGGAGGCGACGGGCCCUUGGAGGCCGGCGCCUGCGGCAGAAGAGGAGGCGACGGGCCUCUGGAGGCCGGCGCCUGCGGCAGAGGAGCUGCUCUGCAGGCUGGGCCGGCGGCAAAGUCACUGCAGGCUGGGCCGGCGACAAAGUCACUGCAGGCUGGGCCGGCGACAAAGUCACUGCAGGCUGGGCCGGCGACAAAGUCACUGCAGGCUGGGCCGGCGUUGCCCUCAAAACCACCAUCGGAACUGGAGACCGUGGAGACGCCGGGCUGGACGGAGCGUCGGCCUCUUGAGUGCAAAGAGCAUCCCCAGACGAAGCGGCGACGUCAUCGAACGAGCCGACUUCAGAGGACGAGGCAGCGGCGACGUCAUCAGACGAGCCGACUUCAGAGGACGAGGCAGCGGCGACGUCAUCAGACGAGCCGACUUCGGGGACGUCAUCAGAGGAGGCGGCGACGUCAGACGAGCCGACUUCGGGGACGUCAUCAGAGGCGGCAGCGACGUCAGACGAGCCGACUUCGGGGACGUCA